ACCGUAUUUAUGGUUGUGUGGCUCAUGGCUCUAGCAGUCUGGCAGUCUGGCUGAUGCACUUCCCUUUACGCUUCCCUUCAAUACGCACUUAUCUCCACCACACUUCAUUUUUAGUGCUUCUCUAAACGCAACAUCAACUAAACGCAUCCCGCCUUUCAUCAACCCAUAGCCUCCAUUAGCACUUCCCAGCUCCAAAGAGAGAGGAGAGGGUGUCAUUUGACGCAUAGUAACAUCCACUACAAAGUAGCAUCUCCCGCACGACCCGCUCCGUAUAUCUUCAUACCACACCUACGAUUCUUACCUACCGAGACCGAAGUCGCCCUCCUUUGCGAUCGCGGAACCUGAUACCUACUUUCUACCAAUUCGACCCAAAAGUCUAACAACCGAGAGGAUCGUAUACACGAUGGCGUCUGCGUCUUUUAGGGAAUCCAUGAACUCCCUAGGGUGGUCACGCCGUGACCCAGACCGAGAAUUUACAGCCAAUACGUCACAACGGUCCGGGUUACUAUCGUCGAUAAAGUCAUUAAACCCCUUUGGAGACCGUGGAUAUGUGCAAUUACCUACUACAGAGAGUGCUGGCGCUCCAUUACCGGCCAGCAACCGUCGCGAAGAAGAGGAAGGAUGGUUUGUCCUGAGCCGGUGGGACCGGUUAUUAAUAUUCGGCGCCUGUAACUUGGCUGCCUUCAUCUGCUUUCUCCUCUGCUUCGUUCUGUGGCCCGUCUUCGUGACCAAGCCCAGCAAAUUCGUCAUCUUAUGGACCUUUGGCUCCAUCCUUUUCCUCUGUUCCUUCGGGGCCAUGAUGGGCCCGAUGGCAUACCUGCAACACUUGGCAUCUGGGCCGCGCUUGCCAUUCACGGCAGCUUAUUUCGGAUCCAUUGCGUUGACUAUCUACUUCUCUAUGGGUCUCCACAACGGCUUUCUUACUCUCAUAGCCGCUGUCAUCCAGAUGGUAUGCCUGCUCUGGUAUCUGAUCAGUUACUUCCCGAUGGGUUCAAGUGGCCUUCGACUGGCUACCAGCUUUGGGGCGCGCAGAGCAGCUACUUGGAUGACGGGCUAGACUUUGUUUAUUGUAUAUUAUUGCAUUUCGCUUGCAUUGCGAUUAGAAGCCUAUCGGUCUCGUUUACAGGUUACAAUGAUUGGAAUUCGUUUAUCAGGAUGAAAAAUCAUUCUAUAGUUAAUAGGAAGGAAUGUAAAGUGUUGACUAUUGCCAAAU